UUUGCAGAAGUAGUCCAGGCAGACACAACCCCACAGACUGCAGCUUUUCCAGCCCUAGAGAGUUGAUCUGCUGCUCAUUCUCACAGAAUACAGUGGAACAUAUCUUCAAUUUCUCAAAUCCUUGGACAGAGGAGAUUGACGCAUGGCAGCGUGGGACCUGUCUGUCAUAGUGGAGGACCUGGGGCCUGAUGCCGCACCUAUCACCAUCAGUGUGGCCUCUGACCUCCACAUUGGAGGGGUGAUCCUCAAGUUGGUGGAAAAAUUGCAGAUUCAGCGUGAUUGGUCCGAUCAUGCUCUGUGGUGGGAACAGAAGCAGCGGUGGCUGCUGAAGACAGCUUGGACUCUGGAGAAAUGGGAAGUCCAUGCUGACGCCCGGCUGGUCUUCAUGCCCCAACACAAACCGGUCAAACUGGGUCUUCCCAACGGAAUAAUUCUGAAGCUGCGAGCCUGCUUCUCCAAUCCGGUCUUCCAGACUGUAAUGGGCAUCUGCAGGAUGCUCGGCAUCCGUCACCCUGAAGAGCUUUCUCUCCUACGUCCUGUGGAGGAAAAGAAGAAGAAAAAAGAUAAAGAUUUGUCAGAAGACAUUUACGACCUGACUGAGGUGCCCCUGUCCUCGGUGUCCAGGCCUUGCCUCUAUAAUGGCAUGCCGCCGCACUUUGCUGACUCCGAUAAAUUGGAGGCCGUCUAUAAGAUGCUGUCGGUGACUCAGCCUCCUCCUGCCCCCGAGGUCAUUGCCAAGCAGUACCGCCCAGCCAGUGUGGUGGACAAGGCACACAUCAACGGCAGAUGGUUGGACUCAUCGCGUUGUCUCAUGCAGCAGGGCAUCAAGGGAAAUGAUCGGCUCUGGUUGCGCUUUAAGUUCUUUUCCUUCUAUGACAUUGAUUCAAAGUAUGAUGUGGUGCGUGUGACGCAGCUUUAUGAGCAGGCGCGCUGGGCCAUCCUGCUGGAAGACAUCGACUGCACGGAGGAAGAGAUGAUGCUGUUUGGAGCUUUGCAGUAUCACAUCAGUAAGGUGUCUCAGUCGGAGCCACAGAUGCUGUGCUCCAACGCGGCGCUGGAUGACCUGGAGACCGCCCUGCAAUCCCUGGAGGUCAAGAUGGAGGGGGAGAGCAGCUCUGCUUCUGAGCUUCUGAAAACUAUGACUGCACCAGAUUUAAACGACUAUCUAAAGAUAUUCAGACCAAAGAGGUUGACUCUGAAAGGGUACAAGCAGUACUGGUUCAAGUUCCAGGAUACCUCCAUCUCCUAUUUCAAAAGCAAAGAGGAGAGCAUCGGAGAGCCCAUUCAACAAAUUAACCUCAAAGGAUGUGAGGUGGCUCCAGAUGUUAAUGUUGCAGCACAAAAGUUCCUUAUCAAGCUACUAAUACCAGCACCUGAGGGGAUGAACGAGGUCUAUCUGCGCUGUGACAACGAGCAGCAGUACGCUGAGUGGAUGGCAGCUUGCCGCCUGGCAUCAAAAGGAAAAAGUCUGGCAGACAGCACUUUUCAGAGUGAGAUCGAUAGCAUCCGUUCGUUCCUGGCUAUGCAGAAGACCAACGGUUCACAAGGCAAUGCAGCUGCCAGCGAUGAAAGCAUCAAUCCUCACAGUCUGGUUUCUCCGCGCUACCACAAGAAAUAUAAACCCAAACAGCUGACCCCUCGAAUCUUGGAUGCGUACCAGAACGUGAAUCAGCUCUCGCUGACAGAUGCACUGAUGCGGUUCCUGCAGAUCUGGCAGGCCCUGCCAGACUUUGGGCUGUCAUAUGUCGUUGUAAGGUUCAAGGGUAGCCGCAAAGAUGAGGUGUUGGGCAUAGCCCCUAAUCGACUGAUCCGCAUCGACUUGGGUGUGGGCGAUGUGGUCAAGACCUGGCGCUACAACAACAUGAAGCAGUGGAACGUCAACUGGGACAUAAAACAGGUGGCCAUUGAGUUUGAGGGGAACGUGAACAUCGCCUUCAGCUGUUUGACCGCCGACUGUAAAAUUGUUCACGAGUAUAUUGGCGGAUACAUUUUCAUGUCAACUCGUAGUCGGGAAAAGAGUGAGGUACUCAACGAAGAGCUCUUUCACAAGCUGACCGGGGGUCACGAAGCUCUCUAAGACUGAAAGUGUACAGAGACCGCAAAAACUGACGAGGGUCAAUCCCAGUCCGAUGCGUCUCGUAGUGGAGAGCCUCUGUGGCACAAAGACCAAAAUAGUAUUUUCUGUUCUUUUGUAAAGAAAUGUGUAACAAACUUUAUUUAUCCGUCCAUUCAGGUUUGGAUCCAAGAUUUGUUAUCCGUAUAUAUGUUUUAAAGCUGCAUCUGACAGUCUUAUCAUGUUUAGACGACUGAAAACAGCUGAUGGUUUUCAUGCUAAACAGAAGGAUCCGUUGCUGAUCAAACAUCAACUGAGAUAAAAGCUGACCUUAUAAAACGGUAAACUUUUGAACCAGUAUUUAGGCUGAAAGGCUUUGCCUGUGUCAAUAGCUGCAGUCUCCAGUCAUGAGGAUUGUUACUCAUUAUGACACUUUAAAUGAGCAAUUCCAUUUCCCAUGAAAUAAAACUAGACCAAAAAGCUCAGUGUUAUUUUAUUCUUCUCAAAUAUGUAAUAGCAAUAAAACCAAAGUAAGUCCA